ACCAAGCUCCUGGGCUCCACCAAGAAGAUCAAUGUCAACUUUCAGGACCCGGAUGGCUUCUCUGCCCUGCACCACGCGGCCCUGAAUGGCAACACGGAAUUGAUCACCCUGCUGCUGGAGGCCCAGGCUGCCGUAGACAUCAAGGACAACAAAGGCAUGCGGCCACUGCACUAUGCGGCCUGGCAGGGCCGGAAGGAGCCCAUGAAGCUGGUGCUAAAGGCAGGCUCAGCGGUGAACAUCCCAUCAGACGAGGGCCACAUCCCCCUCCACCUAGCGGCCCAGCACGGUCACUACGAUGUGUCCGAGAUGCUGCUGCAGCACCAGUCGAACCCGUGCAUGGUGGACAGCGCCGGGAAGACGCCUCUGGACCUGGCCUGCGAGUUCGGCCGUGUUGGGGUGGUCCAGCUGCUCCUGAGCAGCAACAUGUGCACAGCCUUGCUGGAGCCCCGGCCGGGGGACACCACCGACCCCAAUGGAACCAGCCCCUUGCACCUGGCAGCCAAGAACGGCCACAUUGACAUCAUCAGACUCCUGCUCCAAGCUGGCAUUGACAUUAACCGCCAGACCAAGGCCGGCACAGCCCUGCACGAGGCUGCGCUCUGUGGGAAGACAGAAGUGGUUCGGCUGCUGCUGGACAACGGGAUCAAUGCCCACGUGAGGAACACGUACAGCCAGACGGCCCUGGACAUCGUGCACCAGUUCACCACGUCACAGGCCAGCAAGGAGAUCAAGCAGCUGCUGCGAGAGGCCUCGGCGGCUCUGCAGGUCCGGGCGACCCAAGAUUAUUGCAACAACUAUGACCUGACCAGCCUCAACGUGAAAGCCGGGGAUAUCAUCACAGUCCUUGAACAGCAUCCAGAUGGCCGAUGGAAGGGCUGUAUCCAUGACAACCGGACAGGCAAUGACCGGGUGGGCUACUUCCCAUCCUCCCUGGGUGAGGCCAUUGUCAAGCGAGCAGGUUCCCGAGCAGGUGCUGAGCAAAGCUCACCUCAGGGAGGCAGCUUGCCGGGACCCUCUGCACCCCCUGAGGAGAUCUGGGUGCUGAGGAAGCCUUUUGCAGGUGGGGACCGCAGUGGCAGCUUGAGCAGUGUGGCUGUUGGCCGGAGCAGCGGGGCCCACAGCCUGCACGCAGGCUCUGAAGGGGUCAAGCUCUUGGCAACAGUGCUCUCCCAGAAGUCCAUCUCCGAGUCUAGCCCCGGGGACAGCCCCGUGAAGCCUCUGGAGGGGUCAGCAGGGGCGGCCAGGUCCCAGCCUCCAGUGGCCCAUGCUGGGCAGGUCUAUGCGGAACUGCCGUCCAAGAAGCUGGAGCCGGCAUCGGAGGGCAAGGUACAGGGCCUGGGCUGGCAGCAGGCGUUCCAGCUGCAGCUGUACGCCCCCAACUUCCUCAGCGCUGGCUACGACCUGCCCACCAUCAGCCGCAUGACCCCUGAGGACCUCACGGCCAUUGGGGUCACCAAACCAGGCCACCGGAAGAAGAUCACGGCAGAGAUCAGCAGCCUCAGCAUCCCCGACUGGCUGCCUGAGCACAAACCCGCUAACCUGGCUGUGUGGCUGUCCAUGAUCGGCCUGGCCCAGUACUACAAGGUGCUGGUGGACAACGGCUAUGAGAACAUCGACUUUAUCACCGACAUCACCUGGGAGGACCUGCAGGAGAUUGGGAUCACCAAGCUGGGACACCAGAAGAAGCUGAUGCUGGCAGUGAGGAAACUGGCAGAGCUGCAGAAGGCCGAGUACGCUAAGUAUGAAGGGGGACCUCUGCGCCAGAAGGCGCCGCAGUCGCUUGAAGUGAUGGCCAUUGAGUCGCCGCCCCCUCCUGAGCCUGCCCCAGCUGAGUGCCAGUCUCCAAAGAUGACCACCUUCCAGGACAGCGAGCUCAGUGGUGAGCUGCAGGCUGCCAUGACUGGCCCGGCAGAGGGGGCCGCCACCCCUGCCGCCGCCGAGAAGCCCUCCAAUCACCUGCCACCCACCUCAAGGGCCUCUGUGCGUCAGGAGCCCAGUCUGGGCGGGCGGGCACGGCAUAUGAGCAGCUCUCAGGAGCUGCUGGGUGAUGGGUUCCCGGGGCCUGGCAGCCCUAUGUCACGAAGCCAGGAGACUCCCACGAAAGCUCGGCCAGGUUCCCCCCAGGCCCUGGGGGUGCCUCAUGGUCCAGCCCCAGCCACAGCCAAGGUGAAGCCCACCCCACAGCUGCUGCCCCCUAUGGAGCGACCCAUGUCGCCCCGCUCCCUGCCCCAGUCACCCACACACCGGGGCUUGCGGCCUAAGAAGCGCGCCCACAGCCUGAAUCGCUAUACAGCGUCUGACAGCGAGCAAGAGCGGGAUGAGCUGCUGGUGCCGGCUGCUGCCGGGCCCUAUGCCACUGUCCAGCGGCGUGUAGGUCGCAGCCACUCAGUGCGGGCACCUGCUGGUGCCGACAAGAACGUCAAUCGCAGCCAGUCCUUUGCUGUGCGGCCCCGGAAAAAGGGCCCCCCCCCACCUCCGCCUAAGCGCUCCAGCUCAGCCAUGGUCAGCGCCAACCUGGCUGAUGAGUCAGCACCUGAUGCUGAGACCAAAGGAGCUGGGACUGAGGAUGGCCAGCUGGGGGUCCGGGCACAACGCCGGCGGGCCAGUGACCUGGCUGGCAGCGUGGACACGGGCAGUGCUGGCAGUGUGAAGAGCAUCGCAGCCAUGCUCGAGCUGUCAUCCAUUGGGGGUGGGGGCCGGGCAGCCCGCAGGCCCCCCGAGGGCCACCCCACGCCUCGCCCUGACAGCCCUGAGCCAGGCAGGGUGGCAACAGUGCUGGCCUCCGUGAAGCACAAGGAGGCCAUUGGGCCUGACGGAGAGGUGGUGAACCGGCGCCGCACGCUCAGCGGGCCCGUCACAGGACUUCUGGCCACUGCCCGCCGAGGGCCCGGGGAGCCGGCAGGGCCUGCAGAUCACGGCCACCUUGUAGAGGAUGGCACUGUCCGGCAGAGGCCUCGAGGUCCAGCCAAGGGAGAGGCAGGUGGGGAGGGUCCUCCCUUGGCCCGGGUGGAGGCCAGUGCCACGCUGAAGAGGCGCAUCCGAGCCAAGCAGAGCCAGCAGGAGAAUGUCAAGUUCAUCUUGACUGAGUCCGACACGGUCAAGCGGCGGCCCAAGGCCAAGGAACGGGAGGCAGGUCCGGAGCCACCGCCCUCACUGUCCGUGUACCAGAAUGGCACCGGCACUGUGCGCCGCAGACGGGGCUCUGAGCACGCUGGACCCCUGGAGCUGCCCCCGCCACCCGCACCCACCGAGCCCCUGCCCUCUGAUCUGAUGCACUUGCCCCCGCUGCCCCCACCAGACAGUGAUGCCCGGAAGCCAGUCAAGCCGCCUGUCUCUCCCAAGCCUGUCCUGGCUCAGCCGGUACCCAAGAUCCAGGGGUCACCCACACCCGCCUCCAAGAAGGUGCCGCUGCCAGGUCCCAGCAGCCCAGGUAGCACCUCGCUGGGGGACAGCGCCCAGCAGAAGCUGGAGGAGACGAGUGCGUGCUUGGCGGCAGCGCUGCAGGCGGUAGAAGAAAAGAUCCGGCAGGAGGAUGCUCAGGGCCAGCGCCCCUCUGCUUCGGAGAAGAGCACGGGCAGCAUCCUGGACGACAUCGGCAGCAUGUUUGAUGACCUGGCGGACCAACUGGACGCCAUGCUGGAAUGAUGUGGCACACGUUGGGCCCACCUAUGCUGCCUGGGCUCUAGCUGCACACUGACCUUUACCUCAGGAUGGGCACUUCUGGGCGCAGCGCAAGUGGGCAUGGUGGGGGGCCGAGGGGGACGGGGUGCAGGGGACAGCCUGCCAGGGCCGCGAGGCGGGGGCGGGUCGUGCUGCCCUGUCCCUGCACAAGCACAACUCCUGCCCCCUGGGCCCAGGCAAGAUGCCGAACGUGGAAGACUGCCUGGCCUAGGGACCCAAGGGCUCUGGACAGAUGCUGCUGCUCUGUGGGUGCCUGUCCCUGUCUGCUGCUCCCUGUGCAAUAACUGCUGGGCUACCCGCCCACCCACCACCGGGCUCUACCCAGUGUGUAGAGAAGGGGCAGCCCCUGGCACCCUGCCCUGAAUCCACGUUGGGCCCACCUUGGGAGGUAGUGGGGGGGGGGGCAGCCACUGGAGCUCCCUCCCCAAUCAGUGGCAGAGCACAGGCCUAUGCCCAGCACAGAACUGCCCACUGGGGACCUCUGCCAGCUGCUCUGGCACAGCACAAGGGGCUGGGGUCAGGACCCCUGCCCUACUCUACCCCACAGAAUAUAAGCUAUUGAGAGUAUUAAUUUAUUGGGAAUAAGCUGAGGCAGAUUUCCCUAGAGAAACAAAAAGGUAUAACUUUAACGAAUAUAUAUUUAAAGAAAGAAAAAAUAUUAUUGAUUCUAUAGAAAACCAUUUACCAACUGCAAGGACACUGGAGUCUAGCUCGAGACAAAAGCUGUUCCAGGCCCUGGCCACUGUCUGUCCUUUCCCUCUACCCAGGAGUGGCCAGACCCCCGGGCCAGUAGCGCACACAGUAGGCUGGGGUCUGUGCUCCACCAGGGCCUCCCUCUGCGCUCUCUUAACUUCUGUGUCUGAAGAACUCGAAGGAUGUGCCUUGCUGCUGGGCUGUGUCCUCCAUGCCGUGGAGAUGGCGGGGAGGGCUCCCUCCUCUCUGGGGGAUGCUGCUGUGAAGGUCUGCCUGUGUUUGGGGGAAGCUAUGUGCACAGCGUGAAGUGGUGGUCAGCCGGAUGACAGCAGUGGGUGCAGGGCGUGCAUGCCAGGCUGCGUGUGACGCGUGUGAAGGUGUGCCUGACUCUCCCUCCCCAGGCUCCGAGCAGGCAGCCAGCCCACCCCCAUCUGAAUUCCCACGGAUGCUUCUGCUCGUGGUCCAAGGCUGUGUCGUGUGGUUGUUCUCGCCUCUCUCUCCUCGCCCCCUCCAAAAAAGUACUGACCAGCCUCCUCUAUUGUGUUUGCUGACCCACGUGUGUUGGACACAACUUUGACAUUUCUUAAAAAAAAA